AAACAAUCCGAGUUUCCCGCGCUUUCGUAUUUUCUUAGUGUGAUGUCGUCAAGGCAUAGGAUUGAUAUCGGUGAAUCUAAGCCCAGACGGUCAAGGUAAUUACUGAAAACGUAUUAGGAUCUUAUUUUUAAUUGAAUUACGCUUUAUUCUUUACACACUGCACCUAUGAAUUGACCCUCAGGUCGAUAGUCAUUCACCAAAUUUAUCGUAACGUGUGACUACAAAUAGAUAUAGCCCCAUAUUUUUCAUGCAGUUCAUCCCAUGUUUCUCGUUCAAUCUUAUGCAUGAUUAAUCCUGCGAAUUUGAUGACCAGAGUCUGGAGUAAUUUGGAAUUUACGAGGGCACUCCAAAAAGGUUUACAAGCCCAGAACAAAUUACUUGUCAGCUGACUAUCAAAUUUCCCAUCGAAUCAUCAACGAGUGGAUUUCAUUACCUUAGCACGUGAUUGAGGCUCCAUUCGUCGAUUCUUUCAAAAGAAAGUUGGAUUAACUGUGAGAACACUAUUGCCAGGACUAACACAGGCCAUCAAACCUCCUGUCCUUUUCAAACAAACUGGCUUCCUAGAACCACUGGACAUGUUAAACCAGUCAUAGAGAUAUAAGUACGGUAAAUUUGUACCUAUGAAAUACUUUGUAGCUAUGGUAAGACUGACUGAUGGUAAGACUUCACUGUCUAUUAACAUGGUUUCAGAAGUACGACUGUGUCUGCGAAAAAAAACAAAAAAAUCUUGUGUGUGAUAAUGGAGUAUGACAACUUAAUAUCUUGUAGAAAAUAGAGGUGAUUGCUCCGACCAGUUUUUAAGUUCUGUUUUUUUAACAUCUUCAAGUUGUAUGCAUCAAUAGAAAUGUCAGUCUCACAUUAGUAUUUUUGUUGCGACUUCCGUCAACCCAAUGCUUGGUAACCUUAAGGUAAUGAUAAACAGACAAGAAAUCCGUCGCCACCAUGCAGGGAUUAGAGUCCUGAAGGCUGGUACUCAACUAUCCUCGUUUGGUGUUAAAUGUGAAAUCACUAUUGUCAUAUAGGUACACGGGACCCUCCAACUUAACACCAUCGAACCCUGUGUUUAGUAUUUUUGUAUAUGAUUUUCAACCCAGAUAAAAGUUGUAAGUUUUUACUGAAGCUGAUGACCCUCUGGAGACAUAAAAUUCUUAUUAGGUAACCAUGUAGAAAUAGUUAAUUUGUUGGUGUGGUCGUUCAAUGGUUAAAGCUUUAUGUUCCUAAUUAGUUGCUUUUGGCUUCAAAUCCGUUCUAUCUAUUCUGACUUGUGCAUUUGCAUGGUAUCACUAAGAUAAAAAUGUAUCUCAAAGCUGGGCACAUGACGUACUUAGUAAAUGAUUGAUUAAUAGUUUAAUACUAUGGACCAUGUCUAAUAUCCGCCAUCAUGUUUGAGGAUCAACAAAAAAAUCUAUAGAACUACCACGUGUUAGAAACCUAAAGCUUUACUCAUUGUCUGAACUCUAGAUGGGCGAUAAGUCUGAGGUGUUGAAAAUGUAAUGUGGUAUGCAAUAUUAAGUUCUUGUCAUUCAUGAGGCUGAUUUCGAAAAUAAGUUUCAUGAAAAAUGAGUGGAUUUAGAACCUUUCUUAUCAUGCUCUUUUUGUUUAGGGCUACAUUUUUUUAUGUACUUAAACUACACAGCACCAUCUACGCUUCAAGCAGUCGGGUAAAUCUUUGUCCUUUGUAGCAAUCAAAGCACUUUAUUAGAUCAGAAAGUAAGCUAGUUUUCUCAGUCGUACUUAGUUAAGUACUUUUAUAACCCAGUUCAUAGUUGUAUCUUGGUGUCAAAUAUUCAUAUCUAGUAGCUUUUUCUGAAGAAUAUAAUGUAGUUUCUCCGUUUUUAAAGCGCUCAACACUACGUCAAUAAGAUCUUAUUUGUGGUUGGGGUUUUCGUUUAUUAUGACAGUAAUCAUGGUUUACAAUAACUACUUAGCCCUUUUGUAAUUUUUCAGCGAAUGUAUUCACUAUAAAUUUUUCGCAUCCUUGUAUUGAAGACGAAUAGGCUUCUGUAUCUUUUUGAAUUCAGUAAACAGUUUACCCAAGCAAUGUAGCACAGGUAUCAAGUUUACGCGUUUCGCUUUUUGUUAGUACCUGUCUCAUCGACAUAUUCUCAUCUUAUUUCGCAUUAUUACUGUAUUAUUGUCACAGGUUUUCUGAUGGACCGGAUAAUCACUCACGUGAUCGCUCACGCUCCCCAGAUAAUCAGGUCAAACUUAAACAGAAUGCUUCAAAUAAGUCUCCAUUCACAGCACAAACAAAUCCUUACAACGGCAAAUCGUUUAGUGCCAAAUACUUUGAACUUCUGAGGAAGCGUAUCAAACUACCUGUUUGGGAAUACAAAGAGAAUUUUUUUCAGACGUUAUCGGAGAACCAAGUCACUGUUUUGGUUGGUGAAACAGGUUCUGGAAAAACGACCCAGAUUCCUCAAUGGUGCCUGGAAUGGGUAACUGGACGGUAUCCUACCAAAAAGGCAGUAGCCUGCACUCAACCUAGACGGGUGGCAGCUAUGUCUGUUGCUCAGCGUGUUUCCGAGGAAAUGGAUGUCGAACUUGGUCAAGAAGUAGGAUACAGUAUUCGAUUCGAGGAUUGCACGUCCUCAAGGACUGUGAUGAAAUACAUGACUGAUGGUAUGCUUUUGCGUGAAGGCAUGUCUGAUCCUUUGCUCGAGGCAUACGGUGUUAUUCUCUUGGAUGAAGCCCAUGAAAGAACCUUGGCUACUGAUAUUUUAAUGGGUCUACUUAAAGAAAUCACAAAGCAAAGAUUAGAUUUAAAAAUAGUUGUCAUGAGUGCGACUUUGGACGCUGGGAAAUUUCAAGAUUACUUUCACAAAGCACCUCUUAUGACCGUGCCCGGUAGAACUCAUCCAGUGGAGAUAUUUUAUACUCCAGAACCAGAACGUGAUUAUCUCGAAGCGGCUAUCCGUACUGUAAUUCAGAUUCAUAUGUGCGAAGAGAUCGAGGGUGACAUAUUGCUGUUUCUGACGGGACAAGAGGAGAUUGAGGAAGCAUGCAAACGUAUCCAGAGAGAAGUAGAUGGGUUGGGCCCGGACGUUGGUGAACUCCGUUGUAUUCCUCUUUACUCUACCCUUCCACCAAAUCUUCAACAAAGAAUUUUUGAAUCUCCUCCUCCAAAACGUGCAAAUGGAGCUGUUGGUCGAAAGGUUGUAGUGUCCACAAAUAUUGCAGAGACAUCCCUCACAAUUGAUGGAGUGGUUUUCGUUAUUGACCCAGGUUUCGCAAAGCAGAAAGUCUACAAUCCUCGUAUUCGUGUUGAAUCUCUCUUAGUCACUGCUAUCAGCAAAGCUUCUGCACAACAACGUGCCGGAAGGGCCGGGCGUACAAGACCUGGAAAAUGUUUUAGAUUGUAUACAGAAAAGGCAUAUACAAAUGAGAUGCAAGAGAACACAUAUCCAGAAAUUCUCCGGUCAAACCUGGGUACUGUUGUCCUCCAGUUGAAAAAACUGGGGAUCGAUGAUUUGGUGCAUUUUGACUUCAUGGAUCCUCCUGCUCCGGAAACUCUGAUGCGUGCUCUAGAGUUAUUGAAUUAUUUGGCAGCCCUUGAUGAUGAUGGUAACCUGACGGAUCUAGGAAGUAUGAUGGCUGAGUUCCCACUUGAUCCCCAAUUAGCCAAAAUGGUUAUCGCCUCUUGCGAUUACAACUGUUCAAACGAAAUCCUGAGCAUCACUUCAAUGUUAUCAGUACCUCAAUGCUUUGUACGCCCUGCCGACUCCAAGAAAACUGCAGACGAAGCCAAAAUGCGUUUUGCUCACAUUGAUGGUGACCAUUUGACUAUGUUAAAUGUGUAUCAUGCCUUCAAACAAAAUCAUGAAGAUCCACAGUGGUGUUAUGAUAAUUUCAUAAAUUUCCGCUCAUUAAAAUCUGCUGACAACGUUCGGGUACAAUUAUCACGUAUUAUGGAUCGAUUUUCUCUUCGUCGUUCAAGUACAGAUUUCACUUCUCGAGAUUAUUACAUUAACAUUCGAAAAGCUUUGGUAUCUGGCUUUUUCAUGCAGGUUGCGCAUCUUGAACGUACUGGACAUUAUUUAACUGUAAAAGACAACCAAGUGGUCCAGCUUCACCCCUCUACAGUAAUGGAUCACAAACCGGAAUGGGUGUUGUACAAUGAAUUCGUCCUUACGACAAAGAAUUAUAUACGUACAGUGACUGAAGUAAAACCAGAUUGGCUUGUGCGUAUCGCUCCUCAAUAUUAUGAUAUGUCUAAUUUCCCUGAUUGUGAUGCUCGACGGAUACUUGAACGAAUUGUUCACAGGAUUCAAAAUCGUAAACUUCAACAAGAGCAAAAACAAAACCAAGAGCCGAAAUUACAAGCACAAACUUGAUCCAUGUUCAUACAUUCACAUAUCAUCACUACUCUUAAUUUGUAAGAUGUGAAGUAGUCUUGAUAACCAUCUUUGUAUUUUUAUUGACUUCCUCUGAAUUGCCCACAUUCUAUGAAAGAAGUCACUCCGCAUUUCAAGUGCUGUUGUGUAUAUUUUAUCAAGGCAACAAUAAAUAAUAUCCACUUCAUU